AUGCACCUUGAAGGUCUUAUUGAUGACAUUGGUGGAUUUGGUCUUUACCAACGACUCCUAAUUCCAACAUUGGCGUAUUCUAAGGUAAUAGUUGUUCCAACGAUGCUAAUGAUGUCAUUUGCUGGUGUGGAACCUGACUGGUGGUGUGCUUCUGGUGAUGAUGAACUCAGCCAAUGGAACACGAGUCCACUGAACGGAAGUUAUAAAAACUGUUUUUGGAACGGGACAUGUGAGAGGAAGUUCAGUGACGUCAUGGAUACGGCAGUGACAGAGUGGAAUCUGGUCUGUGAAAUGAGUUGGGUCAGCAAUGCUACAAUAUCUAUUCAAAUGGCUGGGUUGCUCUUGGGUGCAAUAAUCUCUGGCUACUGUGCAGAUAAAUACGGACGGAAGAAAGUCUUCUACGGUGGAAUAUUUGUACUCUUCCUUGGAAAUGUCGUGUCAGCCUUUUCCGUGUCCUGGAUCAUGUUUACAGUUGUGAGGGCAUUUCUUGGUGUAGGAUGUGGUCUGAUACUGGCAACUGUAUACCUGUACCAGAUAGAAUUUGUUGGAAAGAAAUGGCGAGGUUUUGUUGCAUCACUGCCUGAUUGGGCGUUAGGGAUGCUGAUAUUGAGUCUUCUAGCUAAAUGGCUUCACAACUGGAAAUGGCUGCAUCUAGCAACGGCAGCCUUGACAUUUCCUUACCUCUUCACGUGGUUCGUUGUACCAGAAUCGCUUCGUUGGCUUUCUGUGAAAGGGCGUUUGGAGGCUGCGAAAAGUGUCAUCAACAAAAUGGCGGCCUUGAACAAGAAGCCAAUUCCAGACACUUCCAUUUUAGAACUGAUAGCUAAGGAGGAUAAGACAGAGGGGGAAAAGACAAGGAACUACUCUUAUUUGGAUCUUAUGAGGACAAAGAAACUCUCCAAGAAAACGUUUUUUUCAUGUUUCAUCUGGUUUUCCUGUUCUGUUGUGUACUAUGGUAUAGCCUUUGGUCUGAAGAAUCUGUCCGGUGAUUUCUACCUGAACAUGCUAUUGAUGGCUCUCACAGAGUUGCCUGUGACUCCCUGUAUCAUCUUCAUCACGUCCUUGUGA